AUGCUGCAACUCAAAUACCAAAUCAUCGAUGACAGCGGUAACGCCCGCGACAACAAGGCAAUCCUGGGGCUCGACCUGCAGAGCGCUUUUGACAGGGUGAAACACUCGGCGAUCCUGUUCCAAGUCUCCAAGCUCAACAUGGGCGAAAGAUCCUAUAACUAUAUUAAGGACUUCCUCACGGACAGGAUCGCCGAGCUUCGAGCAGGCGACAUACAGACGCAAGAGAAGGAGCUUGGAAGUACUGGUACACCCCAGGGGUCGGUUAUCUCGCCGACGUUGUUCAACCUGGUAAUGAUCGGAGUGGCCGAGAAGCUCGCGGACAUCGAAGACGUCAGGCACACUAUCUACGCGGACGAUAUCACGCUCUGGGUGACCGGUGGCAGCGACGCCCACAUCGAGGGCGCGCUGCAAGCCGCCGUCGACGCGAUAGAAAACCAGCUGGAAGGCACCGGACUGAGAUGUUCGCCGAGCAAAUCGGAACUCCUGAUAAUCCAGCCUACUAACAACGGCAGAGGCAAGACCAGACAACGCGAAUACGAAAAGAUCCGUAUAGUAACCAAAUCCGGCAACGUGAUCCCCGAGGUCGGCAAAAUCAGGAUCCUAGGCAUGGUCAUCGAAAAGCACAGAAGAAACGGUGAAACCGUCGCCCGUCUCACGGCCAAAGCGGCCAACGCAACGCGACUCCUCAAACGAGUCACGUCCCGGAAGGCAGGCAUGAGAGAGGAGAGCCUGAUCAGGCUCGUCCAAUCCUUCAUCAUCAGCCACGUCGCGUACAUUGCGGCCUAUCACAGAUGGCUGCAACACGAACGCAACAAAAUCAACGCCAUCAUCCGAAGAGCGUACAAGACGGCGCUGGGCCUGUUCGAGUCUACGAGUACAACCCGGUUCUUACAACUUGGGAUACAUAACACGCUCGAAGAAAUAGCCGAGGCGCAACGGACCGCUCAACUGGAGCGGCUGUCCACGACUACAACCGGGAGGAGGAUACUUGACGACCUGGGAAUAGGACACUCGAACGAGACGGAGACGAAGCUCCCAGUCCCCGAAGAGGUUCGAAGCCAGACCAGAAUCGACCCCAUACCCAAGAAUAUGAAUCCCGACUACAACAAGGGAAGAAGAGCAGCGAGGGCGAACGUCCUCAUCGACCUGCAUGCCAAUGACGAGCACGCGCGGUACGUGGACGCGGCCGAGUAUCAACGGAACGCCUUCGCAGCGGUUGUCAUCGAGGCUUCCACCGGCGCCACGAGGACGGCAGCGAGCGUGAGAAGCGCCGGAGCGGAACAAGCAGAGGAGGUGGCCAUCGCCCUGGCCAUCGCCGACGCAGACUGCCACACGGUGCUGAGUGACUCGAGACAGGCGGUUCGAAACUUCAGGAAAGGCCAAAUCUGCCGGGAGGCCGAGCGAGUAUUGCGAGCGGUCGAACUCCAAGACAGAAAAGUGAGAAUCAAGUGGUUCCCGGCGCACGCGGGCGACGCGUCGGAACGCAAUGACAACCACAACGAGACGGCACACGCAGCGGCGCGAGCGCUAACCAACCGCGCCCCGGCGGGAGACCGUCCGACGUGGUUCGAAGCCAAGGACCGCAUGACGGACUAUAACGACAUCACAAAGGCCUACCGCCUGGCUCGCAGGACUCUCCCACCCCCGCACCCAAGGCUGAGUCGAGCGGAGGCGGUACUACUGAGGCAGCUCCAGACCGGAUCGCUACCAAGCCCACAACUGAUGCAUCGCAUGUACCCCGAGACAUACCCGACCGACAGGUGCAAGGUCUGUCGGAGGGAGACGGCAGAUCACACGCACAUCUUAUGGGACUGCAUCAAACACCCAGAGGAAGCAAGAUCAAGAACGAUUCCGCCGCGGCUCGAGGCAGCUGCGAAGAGCUAUGAUCAGGAUCAACAGCUUUGGGCCGUCCAGCAGGUCCUCGGGGCGCUCGAAAGGCAGGGACCCGGCGAGCCGACAACGGCGAGCCGAGACCCGGGCCGAGUAACGGCAACUCCGAAGACGACGUAG